CUUUGUGUGUGUGUGUGUGCAUGUACAUUAUAUUUAAUGGUUAUAACCGAAUAAUUGAUUCUUUGUAUGUUUGUGUGUAAAUGUAAUUCGAAAUCACCAUUAUUCAAUUGUGGGUCCAAUUUUUAUCAUCACCAUCUUCCUCAUCAAUUCCAAUCAAUUUAGUGAUUAUAUUAUUAUUAUUAUUAUUAAUCACGAAUAAUCUUCCAAAUCAACAAAUACAUACAUACAUACAUACAUACACACACUUUCUAUAUUUAAUAUAUUAGAAAACAAAACGAUUCCAAAUGCAUACAUCGUCAUUAACAGCGCCACAAAUGGAAACUUCAUUGGAGUCCAAAUUUUCUGCUGCAUUUGAGCAGCAAAUUUCAUGCUCAACAGGAUCAUCCAAUAAAAAUUCAUUAUGUAAUGGUAUUGGUGGUGGUAUUGGAUCAUUAUCAUCUUCAUCCAUGACAACAACAUCCAAAUCAAGACAUCUGCCAUCAUUACAAUCAUCAUCAUCAUCAUCAUCAAUGAUGGGAUCAACAAAUAAAUCAAACACUGAUCAAAAUAAUGGCGAAAAAACUGUUAGUUUUCGUAAAGGAAAUGAUCUAGAAUCAUUUGAAUCAUUAAGUUCAUUAUUGGCCAAUGGUCUAUUCACCGAUUUGGUCAUCUGUUGUCCGGGAAGAAUGUUCAAAUGUCAUCGUGUUGUGAUGGCAGCCGCCUCUCUUUAUAUUCGUGAUGCAUUAAGUUCAUUUUACAAUAAUAACAACGAUAUUAUUUCUUUAGGCGGUUCCGGUAAUGGUGGUACCGGUAGUGGUGGUUGUAAUAAUUGUAAUACAGUCAUGAUAUUACCAACGGAAAUUAAAAUGACCGACAUGGAAGCUAUAUUAAGAUUUAUAUAUGAUGGUCAUGUUGAAGUGAAAGUCGAUUCUAUUGAAUCAUUUCUUCGUUCUGCACGUUUGCUCAAUAUAAAAGGUCUCUCCAAUGUGAACAUUGUAUUCAAUAAUAAUGGUACAACAACAACAACAACCUCGACAACAAAUAAUGAAGAUUCUAUCAGUGAUAGUGGUAUUGAAGUGAUUUCCGGUGCACCACCAUCAGCAAACACAACCACCACCGGUACUAAUAAUGCCAAAAAUAAUGGCUUUUCAAUAAAAACAUCGGCCGCAGCUGCCGCUGCUGCUGCUGCCGCUAACCUGUUGAAUGGACAUACAGUUGGUGUUAAUUCACCACCACCAUCACCACCAACAAUGAUGAAUUCAUCAUUAGCAUCAUUGAAAGCGAUGACCACACCGACCGUUACACCGAAUCACCAUAAUCAUCAUCAUAAUCAUCAUAUAAAUAAAUUUCUAAAUGGAAUGAGCAAUCAAUUAUUAUUAAGUCAAUAUCGAAAUAAUUUAGUCGUACCAACAAGCGGUAAUAAACAACAACGGGAUCAGUCACCAUCAUUACGUAAUGAAUCAUCGAUAUUAGGCUCAACAACAGCUAAUCUAACGCCAGCACAUCAAAGUAGUACACCGAAAAGUAUCUAUAAUAAUGGUCAAGCAGCAGCGGCGGCGGCUGCAUUUGCUUUAUUCAAUAAUAAUAUUGUUCCACCGCCACCACCACCACCACCUUCAGUAAAUAAUCGUUUUGAUUCAUCAAAUUCUUCAAUUUCAUCAUCCGGUGGUGGUAGUAGACGUAAACAAAAAUUUCCAACCAACAUACAUUCAGCACAAGCUGCAUUAGCACUUGCAUCAAGUUUAGAUCAAAUGCUACCACAAGGUACAUCAGCAGCUGCAUUAUAUAAUACAUUUUUAAAUCUAAAUUCUGAAGAAGACGAUGAUGACGAUCUUGAUGAAAAUGAUGAUGAUAAACGUUUAAUUAUUAAAGAUGAUAGUUCAAAUGAUUGCAAUAGUACGAUAGGUGAUAAUAUGUCAACGACAAGUAUAGAUUCCAAACAACAAUCAUUACCAUUCGGAUCGAUUGUUCCAUCACCGUUUGCUCCACAAGUACCAUGUAUGAUUGAAGUUGAAGCUGAUCCAACAAUUAUACCAUCAUUUUCUGAUUAUAAUGAUCAAUCACCAUCACCCUUACAACAAACACAGCCACAAUCAUCAUCAUCACAAUCAUCUUCAUCACAACAGAAAAGACGACGUACAUUUAAACCACCAUAUUCAACAGGUUCCACAAGUGGAAAUGAUAAUAAUCGAAUGAAUAAUGAAAAUAAUAAACGAAUGAAAUUACCGAAUUCAAAUGCAGUUUCCGUUGCUCUUAACAAUAGUAUUGAUGUAUCGAUUAAGCCAUCAUCACCAUUGAUGCAUCAUCAUAAUUCCAAUCCACCAUCAUCAUCAUCACCAGCUGGUACAACAGUUGAUAUUGUACCACCGAAAAAACAUAAUAAUAGUGUUCGUUCAUCAAGUGUACCGUCUAGUGAAAAAUCACAAUUAUUCUCUUCAUUUUCACCAUCAAUAAAAACAACGCCUCCUGGACCAAAUCAUCCUUCCGCAUCAUCACCAUCAUCAUCUACAUCAUCUGCAUCCGCUUCGGGCGGUGGUGGAGGUGGAAGUAGUGCAGCAGCCGCUUCGGGCGGCAGUUGGGUUGGAAGUAAAUGGAAAUGUGACAUUUGUAAUAAAUACUAUGGUAAUAAACAAACAUUGAAAGAACAUAUGGAUUAUUUCCAUUCAAAUCGUGAAGAACAGAUUUAUAUCUGUAAUAUAUGCAAUAAAGAAUAUACGUGGCGAAAAUCAUUAAUGAAACAUUAUCGUGACAUACAUCAGAUGCGUAAUACACCAGCAUUGGCCGAAAUCAAUAGACAAUUAGCUGCAUUAGCUAGUGCAAAGGUACGAACUGCUGUUGCUAAUAUGCCAAUGGGAUCAGGCACAUCACCAGGUUCAGCGGAAGCUGCAGCAUUACAAUCAUAUGUAUCGAUAGCAAAUUUUGCUAAUCGUAAAUCGGGACAUUCAUCAAAAGGUUCGAGUGAUGCAAGUGAAAAAUCAAAUAAAAGUGAAUCCGAAAUGGAUAAUGAUAAUACAAAUGAUGCUAUCGGUGGUGAUGAUAUGGAUGAUUAUGGUAAUGAUGAUUUAGAGAUGGAUGGAUCAGUUACAACCGAUGCUGAUCUACCAGAUGGUGAUACAAUGUCAGCGAAUAAUGAUGAACCAAUGAUGAAAUUAGAAUCAUCAACAACAGCCAAUGAUGUUGAUGAUGGUGAUAAUCAUCAUAACCAUCAUCAACAUCUCAAUCAUAAAAACAAUAAUGAACAAAUGAAUAAUAAAUCGAAUGGUGAUACAUCAUCGCCAUCAUCACCACCAUCAUCAAUGAUGAUCGAUGAAAAAGAUUCAACAACAAUUGAUUCAUCUAAUGUUCCAACAAAUCUAGAAAAUCAUAGUAGUCCUGCCUCAUCAUCAUCGCAUAGUGCUUGACAUAUUGUCAAAACAAAAACAAUUUGACCAAAUGAAUCUCUUUUGUUUCAAGAAAAAGAAAUUCCUCAAAUUUAUAUUUUUUCCUGUAAAUUUUUUUUUUUGAUUAAUGAUUGGUUUAUAAAAUUCCACAUACACCCACACACACACACACAAAUCUUUUUUUUAUUAUUCUACGGAAUUUCUACUACUACUACUACUUCAAAUCACU